AUGGGCUUUCGGGUCUCGAAGCGAAAGUUUGGUCUAAAAAACCUGGCCGUUUUUUCAAUAUUCGCCUUGGCCUUCUUCAUAAUAUGGUUUUUGUUGACGGUUUUAAUCAUUUACGCCGAGGACUGGCUAUUGGGACCGGCUGAGCUGGCUCGGCCAAGGAGGAACGAUGACAAAAUGGGCGGAGUCAAGUUGGUUGUGGGACAUUACAGCGGGAAUUUGCCUAAGGAACGACUAGCAAAUUUGAGUAAAGGUGCGUUUUUUGGAAAUUUUAAAGGUUUUGGAAGGGUUUGGUCAAUUUAAAAAUUUGUCAUUAUGACAGAUUUUUUCAAAAAAAUUUACGUCACUAUGACACGUUUUUUGAAUCUUCUAAUAUACAAAUUGUUUUUAAUUACAUUUAAAAUUUGUUUAGAAAAUUUUUAAGAAACUAAUUUAUGUCAGUAUGACACAUUUCUUGGGAAAAAGUGUCACGAUGACGCCUUUUAUAUAAUGUGAUAAAACUUAUUGUAAAAACGGAUAAACAAAUAUCUCACAUAUUUUUUUCAUUUUCAGCCGAACUAAAUGCUAAUAAUUACCAUCCAAUCGAAGGCUAUGGUGAUUAUGGCAGAGCCGUCAACUUGAAUCAAAAAGAAGAUCUGGAGUCGGAAAAGACGUUCGGCAUCAAUCAGGUGAGACAGAAUGGCAAUAAUUUUCUAGGCAAAAUUUAAAAAUUGCAAAAACUUUCUUUACAACACAACAAAUUUGACUUUUUUGACUGCACGGUGCAAUGGAAAAAGUGUUUGCACGGUGCAAAAAACUUAUUGCGCUGUAGAAGACGGGUUUUUUAAAAUUUUACAACGUGAUAGCAAAAACUUUGUUUAUAAAGCAAAGAGAAUAUUUUUAAAAUAAAAAAUGGCACGAACUUUCUUUACAAACUUUACAAAAAUGUAUAUUCUUUUGACUGCACGGUGCAAGCAAAGAAGGUUUGCACGGUGCAAAAAGAAUUAUAGCGCAAAAUGCUUGCACAGUGCAAAAAGUAUAGCAAAAAAUUUUGUUUGGUAAAAAAUGGCAAAAACUUUCUUUACAAAGCACAAUUUUUUAACUUUGAGAAAUCUUAGCAUUAUAUUGCACUAAAAAUGUCACUUCCAGUUCAAUCUCUACAUAAGUGACCGCAUCUCGGUCAAUCGGUCGUUACCAGACGUUCGAAAGUCAGAUUGUCGUACUAAAUCAUACCCAUCUGCUAAAGAUCUUCCUACAACAUCUGUUAUUAUUGUUUUUCAUAAUGAGGCGUUUUCAACUUUGCUAAGAACCGUUUACUCUGUAAUCAACCGAUCGCCAAAGGAGGUGCUGGAGGAAAUUAUACUGGUGGAUGACUUUUCUAGCAGAAGUAAGUCAGGGGGUAACAAUAAGGUACCAUUUUUAAUUGAAAAAUGACAUGAAUUUUGUAAACUAUAAAAAAUAGCAUUUAAAUCUAUUUUAAAAAAUUAAAAAAUCCAAUAAUUUUUGUGACAUUUCGUCAAAUCUAUAAAAUGUCAAAAAAUGUAUUUUUUAAUAUAAUUAUGACAACACCAUGGCUUUUAAGUUAUUUUGAGGUUUUUUUAAAAAUCAAUAAUUUUUGUGACAUUUCGUCAAAUGUAUAAAAAUGACUAAAAAUACAUUUUUAAGUAAAAGUAAGAUAAUACUACGACUUCUAAAGAAAUUUAAAAGUUUUUUGAAAAUCAAUAGUUUUUGUGACAUUUCGUCAUAUUUUUGAUAUUAACAUAAAUGGACGUUAAAAACGUUUAAUAAUAAACAUACGGUAUAUAAUUUUUAAAAAAUAAAAAAUUUUUAAGCAUUUUUGAACGAAGACCUAAAACAAGCUUUGAAAUCGACCGGUGUCAAGAUAAAAUUGGUCAAAGCAAGCCAAAGAGUUGGAUUGAUUCGAGCUCGACUAAUGGGCGCGGCUGAAGCCGAAGGAGACGUUUUGACUUUCUUGGACAGUCAUUGUGAAUGCACCUUGGGAUGGUUGGAACCGUUGUUGAGUCGGAUCAAGGAGAAUCGGUAAGGAAUGGCAGAUGAUAUGAUGGGGUAUGGUAAUAAGGUUGUGGUGGGGUUGGUAUGGGGUAGGGUGGGGUAGGAUACGGUAAGGUGGGUAAUGUAAAAUAGUGGAUUUUGAUGUAAAAUACGUCUUGGCAUGCGUUAACACAGAGUUUUAAAAUUUCAAAAAAGUCCAAAAUUUUGAUUUUUUCAGAAAAGCCGUGGUAUGCCCAGUGAUCGAUGUUAUCAAUGAUCGAACCUUUCAAUAUCAAAAAGGAAUCGAACUGUUCAGAGGUGGAUUCAAUUGGAACUUGCAGUUUAGAUGGUAUACUGUGCCUCCGAAGAUUGCCAAGAUGAGAAAGAACUUGACUGCUCCUAUUUUGUAAGUUCUUCGUUGGGAAUUGGUUUUGUUACGAAAUGUCACAAAAAUUAUUGGUUUUUUAAAAGUUUAAAAUUGUUUUAAAAAAUUAUAUACUGACCUAUUUUAACAUAAAAUGAAGUUUUUUAAUUUUUUGAGUUAUUGGACGAAGUGUCACAAAAAUUAUUGGUUUUUUAAAAACUCUUAAGUUGCUUUAAAAAACCUUACACUAACUUAUUGUAUCACAAAAAGGCGUCUUUCAACUGUUUUUGGUCAUUAGACGAAGUGUCACAAAAAUGAUUGGUUUUUUAACAUUUUGAAAAAAAUCUUGUAAAACUGGAUAAUUAGCGCUUUGUAAAGAGUUUUUGCUAUUUUUUUUUAGUUUUUAAAAAGUGACAUUUUAGAUCUCCAACAAUGGCCGGAGGGCUAUUUAGUAUCGACAAGCGGUAUUUCGAAGAGCUGGGAACAUACGACAAUGGCAUGGACAUAUGGGGUGGAGAGAACAUUGAAAUGUCAUUUCGAGUAAGUCACGCUAGCUUUUACACCUGUCAACUGUGAAUUUUGGUUUAACUGUGGUUUUAAACUUUAGAUUUGGCAAUGCGGAGGGAGUGUUGAGAUUCUCCCCUGCUCUCAUGUUGGCCACAUUUUUCGAAAAGCCUCACCUCACGACUUCCCUAAGGGCUCCAAUUCUGGCCAGGUACUCAAUUCGAAUUUAAUUCGAGUGGCUGACGUCUGGAUGGAUCAGUGGAAGCACCUUUUCUACAAAACGUCUCCUCGUAAGUUGCCCUAGAAGUAGCCCUACACUACCCUACCCUACCCUACCCUGUAGACAUGAGAAACGGGCCGGACCGGCCUUGAGCGAAAUUUCGAUCGGGCCGGACCUGAAAAAUUAGCCGGGCCCGGCCCGUUUCACGUAAAAAAUAUUUAGACCCGGCCCGGGCUUACCAUCGGCCCGGGUCGGGCCGGCCCUGAGCAAAAUUUCGAUCUGUCCGAGCCCAAACAUUGGGCCCGGCCCGGUCCAUUUCUCAUGUCUACUAUACUACCCUACCCUACCCUACCUUACAUUAUCCUGUUUUGCCCCACCUUACCGUACUUUUCCCUACCUUGUUUUAGACUACCCUAUGAAAGUCUUGUCGAUUUUUAACCUGCUAUGGUAGGGUGUGUUCUACAAGAAACUUGUUUGUCCUAUAGUUUUUGAAAUUUAGUUUUUAAUUACCCUAGUCGACGACCUUUUCCUAUAGACCUACCCUUGUCGACUACCUUUACCAAUAAUACCUUAUCCAACGAAACACGUCGUUUCUGAAAAAAAAUGAAAAUUUCGAUGUUUCAGAAGCCCUGAAGCUACGUGACCAAAUAGACUCGAGUGAUCGAAUUGAGCUGAGAAAGCGGUUACAUUGCAAACCAUUCAAAUGGUAUCUGGAGAACGUUUGGCCAGAACAUUUUUUGCCUGUUCCUGGCCGAAAGCCACUUGUUAGGGUAGGUUUUUAAAAUUUUUUUUUCAAUUUUUAACAAUUUUGUUAGAUUUUUAUAAUUUUGGGCAUAUUUGAAGUGUCAAAAAAGUCUUGUCGUCAAUUUUCAUUGUUUACAACGCUCAAAAACGACAAGACUUUUUUACACUUUAAAAGUUAUUUUUUAUGAUUUGGGGGUGGAUUUUCUUGAUUUUUUAAGUGUUAUGGGAUUGUAAUCGGGUUUGAGGUACGGUAUUUUGUGUUGGGUUACUGUAAUUUUUUAAAAAUUAAAAAAAAAUUUUUUGAGAAAUUGUUGUUUUUCAAUUUGGGGGUGGAUUUUAAAAUAUUUAAAUUUUUUGGGUACGGUAUUUUGAAUAGGGUUACUGUAAUUUUUCAAAUAUUCAAAAAUUUUUUAAAAAAUUUUUAAAUUUUAAAAAAUGUUAAAAAUGACAUUUUUGUUUCAAAAAACGCUCAAAAUGACAUUUUCUUCGCAUUUUCAGCUAGUCCACUUGAAAUCGGAAGGCAUCAAAUGGCCUAGCUGUUUGCACUGGGGCCAUACUCAAAAUACCGUACUCAAGGUUGCGACCUUGCAACCGUGUCGCGGCGACAACUUUGAUCGCACUCUGGUGAGUAAUUUUGCUUUUUUAGAUUGGAAACAAAGUUUCUUCGCAUUGCCUGAACAAUAGGCCUAGUUUGGGGCCGGGCACGAAACGGUCGCUGAGCCUAAGCCAGUGUUCGGUCGGGUUUGAUGUUUGGCAGGUAAAAUUAGGUUAUUAAAUGAGUUUAGAUAGGUUUAGAGGUGGCAUUUUGGCAUUAUAAGACAAAAAAUGGCAAGAACUUUCUUUACAAAACAAGAAAUGGCAAGAACUUUCUUUACAAGGCUUAAAAUGGCAAGAACUUUUUUUACAACACUAAAAAUGGCAAGAACUUUCUUUACAAAACAUAGAAUGGCAAGAACUUUCUCUACAAAACAAAAAAUGACAAGAACUUUCUUUACAGGCAUUUUAAAAAAGUUUCAAUUUUUCUGGUCGUAUUUUACUGCAAAAUAAUGUCCGGUAUGUUACGUUACUGAGAUUGAAACUUCAUAGAGCUGAUUGUUUGUUUAAUCCGUUUUCACUUUUUUCCUAUUUAUGGGCUUAAUAUUGUUGUAAACAAACGCUUUUUUUUCAGUUUUCUAAUUGUAAAGAGGUGAAUGAUGCAACAAAUAACAUAUUAUAUUGCACUUUGAUUUCAUUUGUUAAAUUUUUUGAGGUUUUGUUUUGUAAAAUACGACCAUGAGAGUAGUUUUCCCAUUUGGUUUUGGCAGGGCAACAACUCUUUAUAUUUUUUUUGCACGGUGCAACGAAAAAACUGAGCUAGAUAAUAUCUUUUUCAAAUAAUACUGCAGUUUUUUGAUAUAUUUUUGGAAAAUAAAGUUUUUAGAAAAUGAAAAUCAACUUUUUUUUGUAAAAUACGACUGGUCAUCAAUUAUUUUUUAUUCGGGAUGGGCAGUACAAAAAUAUUUAUUUCUUGCACAGUGCAAUGAAAUAAAAGUCGCGGUUUACUGUAGGUUUUUGAAAUAAUUUUGAACAAAAAAUGUUUAGAAAAUGAACAUAAAAUUGAUUUUUUUUGUAAAAUACGGCCGAUCAUCAAUUAUUUUUUAUUCGGGAUGGGCAGUACAAAAAUCUUUGUUUCUUGCACAGUGCAAUGAAAUAAAAUUUGCGGUUUAGUGUAGUUUUUUAAAAUAUUUUUAAAAAAAUGUUUAGAAAACGAAAAUAAAAAUUGAUUUUUUUUUGUAAAAUACGAGUGGUUAUUCUAUUUAUUUUUUAUUUGGCUUGGGCAGUGCAAACCUUUUUUCUUUGCACGGUGCAAUGAAAUAAUGCGGUUUACUGUAUUUUUUGAAAUAUUUUUAAAAAAAAUUUUUAAAUAUGAAAAUAAAAUUUAUUUUUUUUUGUAAAAUACGACCAUUAUUGUUGUUUUUUCUAUUUGGAUUGGACAGUACAACACUCUUUAUUAAAAUUAAAAGUUGUUGCACUUUGUAGUGGGGAAUGGAGAUUCUGUAGUUUUUUUAUAAGAUAUUAUUGAAAAAAAUGGAACAAAAAUUUUAAAUUUGUUUUGUAAAAUAAGCUAUUUUAUAGCAUUUUAUUUUUUCAUUUUUUUUAUUUUAAAAAUUUAAAGUUAUUGCACUGUGCAAUGGAUAAAUGUUCCGGUUUACUGUAAUUUUUUAAAAAUUUUUGAAAAUUUUUUUGGGAUUUGAAUUUUAAUCGUUUUUUUUUGUAAAAUACGCUAUGUCUAGUAUGUAUUUCAUUUAAAAAAAUUUUAUUAUGAAAAUUUUAAUUUGUUGCACAGUGCAGUACCUCAACUUCAUUUUCAAAGGUUUUUGUGAGCUAAAAUGACUUUUUUUCCAUAAUAUUAUCAAAAUAUUGUUAACAGUUGUUAUUAAACCCCUAAAGUGCAAUCAACUUUUCACUUUUUUUUCGAAAAUUUUUAAAACGUAAAAAGCGGAACAAACAAGGGGGGGGGACGUGGGGCGGCGCGGGUUACCUUUUUUUAUUUUUAUAGUUGCCUUACUCUUACCGCGCGACGCUUUUUCAACCAAUUUUUGAUCGAAACUUUUCAUAACCGAUCGAUACCUGUUUACACAAUUCGAAGGCUGAUCUGGCGUGUUUUAAUGGAGGGGGGGGGCGAGAUCAAAGGUUGUUCAAGUUUAUUUAUGAAAAUUGGGGUGGAAAGAAAGUUCUUGCAAUUUUUGUUUUGUGAAGAAAGUUUUUGCUGGUUUGAGCGUUGUAAAGAAAGUUCUUGCGAUUUUUGAUUUUGUAAACAAAGUUUUUGCUAUUUUUUGUUUUGUAAAGAAAGUUCUUGAUAAACAAAAAAAACUCGUAUUUUAAGUUAAAACUGUCAAUUAUGACAUUAUAUAUUAAUAAAAUGACAUUUCAGAUAUGGAUAUAUGACCAAGAGACAGGUCAGAUCAAGUCUGACGAGCACGUUUGUCUCACAGCUUCAUUGAUUAUCAACACGAAUCAGUGGAAUGUCCAAUUGAAGGAGUGUGGCGAAUAUGACAUUGAGAAGUGGGAUUACAAUAGCUAUGUAAGUGGCAUUUUAAAAUUAAUUUUGACUUUUUUUUUACUUUGAAAAUUCGAAUUUUUUAAUUUUUGUAAAGAUUUUUACUUUUUUUGCACCGUGCAAGCAUUUUUUGCACAGUGCACUUAUUUAUUACACUGUGCAAAACUUUAAAUUUGAAUUUUUAUAAGCAUUUUUGAAAAUUUUUGAAAUUUUUUUGAAAGACAUGAUAAAAAUAUUCAAUUUGUCAUACAUUGUGACAAAAAGUGUAUAAAAAGGUUUUUUGCACCGUGCGGUUUUAUAAAAGUUUAUUUUCUUGCACCGUGCAAAAUUUUAAAUCUUGAUGGCUUUUUCGAAAUUUAAAAAAAUUUUUUGAAAGGUGAAAAAACUAUUCUAUUUGGCAUAUAUUAUAACGAAAAGUGUAUAAAAAUGUUUGCACUUUGCAGUUUUAUUAAAGUUUAUUUGAUUGCACCGUGCAGGUUUUCAAAAAAACUUGUUUUCACAGUGCAAAACAGAUUAAAAUUUUUCAAAAAUGGUUUUAGAAAAGAAAAUAUAAUGUAAAUUUUAUGUAUAGUACCCAAACGUUUUUUGAUGAAAUGCACUGUGCUAUCUUUAAAAAUAUCUUGUUUGCACGGUGCAGUCAUCUUUUUUCUAUUUUAUUGCACUGUGCAAACGAAAAAUGACAAAAUUAAAUAAAUUUAUAGAUAUAUUUUAUAACUUUAAUAAUUUGUUUUGUAAAAUACGACUGUUUAUAUUGUCUAUGUCAAAUUUUUCAGCGUAAAACCUUUGUACAUAGAGAGUCCGGGUAUUGUUUGGAUGAGCCAUUGGAGAAGUUCGACGACCCGGACAAGGUGCGUAUACCAACAGUGAGGCGGUGUAGUCGGUAUUCGGCUUCUCAGGUAUGUUUUCGACUUUGGGCCUAAUUUUUUCUAAAAAUUUUGAAAAUUUUUAAAAUCUGCACGGUGCAAGCUAUUUUACAGGUUUUUUUAACUUUGCACCGUGCAAAUGGUACCAAAUUGGUACUAAAUGAUACAAUUUUUGAUACAUACGAUAUCUUAAGAACCGUAUAGAGUAAAAUAAACAUAAUUUUCUAAGGUAUCUUAACUUAAAAAUGCAUUUUAUUGACCAAAACCUUUUAGCAAUGGGAAAUGAAACCAGUUGAAUGGCUUCCGAGCUCCAAUAGUACUAUUUAUUAA